UGUGAGACAGAUUGCCAAAUAAACCCUACCACCCCACAUGCACAUCAACUCCCUCAUAAUUGUAUUGCUCAACCCAUCCUUGCAUGCCUCUUUAUAACAUCUUACUCAUUUAUGCCCAAACCAUAUUUCAAUUCUAACCAAAACAGAAAAGAAAACUUAAGAAUCUCAGAGGGAAAAAAAUUACAAAAUAACUAAGGAAGUUAUGGAUCAAGAUGACAUCUUCUUUGCAGACUUAGACAAGCAGAUUUCUCUUCUUAUAAUGGACGAUGAUGAUGAUGAUGAUGAUACUAUUAAAUUUCCGGUCUCAAGUUAUCGACAUCCUUCUGCUAAUUCUCUUCAGCCUUUUUCUCGAGUGAUUCAUCCAAGGCCUCCGACACAAUCACAAAUGUUCUACGAGCAGAGCUGCAUAACAGAGCAGAGCAAAGGAACUGGAGUGUUUUUUCCUCGUUCCACUCAACCACGAAGAAAGAACAGGCAAGGAAGGUUUACAACAAGACCGUCAAACACCAAGUUUCAGAAGCAUUCUGAUGAUAACUCAAGAGAUAUACCACAUGGUUUACCUUACAACAACUACAAAUUUUCUUUCAACCAUAAUAGAAAUUGAAUAUAAAUUAUAAACGAGGUGUGCAGCAUACAUUAUAUAUUCUUAAGCAGUGUGUAUCGAGAUAAUUCUCUACAUUGAAGGAUGCAUGAGAUGGUAAUCAUGAUUCAUGCUCCAGAUCAAUGCCAGCUAGUUAGCAAUCUUUUGGUGGGAACUGGGAAGUUUUCGCAAACAGAUUGGAAUUAGUUUCACUCCUUUGAUACAGGAUUGUAUAAUUAGUCAUGUUCUUGAGCUUGUUAAUGAUGUACAAUACAUUGAUUCAUUAUUUAUUUGUUGAGCAAAUUUGCUUGGUGUACAA